GGUUCAUUUCGUCCCCCAUUGGAUGAUGGAGCACGUUUGGAUUCGGGGUGGAGCAGCUGGAGGAGCCAAAAGGGAGGAAAACUACGAGGCGUAAAGAAAAAAAAAAAAAAAGGAAAAGUUCCUCACUGUGUCAUACUCCUGCUCCUCCAGCUUUCUUAGUUUCCCAAAUGUUCCCUGCUGCAGCGUGCGCUCCGUCCGCCUCACCGUGGCGAGCUGCAGCUUGAAGGACUCCUAUCCGGGAGGGGAAUAAAACACAGAACAAAAUAAAGGCAAGUGGAAGGACAGAGAGCUGAGAGUGAGCAGUAUCUUGAAGUUGUGAAGCAUUCUGCGGGGAAGUGGUUUGGAGAGGCAGGAUGCAGGCGCGCUACUCCGUCUCCAGUCCCAACUCUCUGGGAGUCGUUCCCUACAUCAGCAGCGAGCAGAGCUACUACCGAGCCGGCGGCGGGUACACCGGGAUGCCCGCACCCAUGAGCGUUUAUUCACACGCGGCGCACGAACAGUACCCGGCCGGCAUGGCGCGCGCGUAUGGACCGUACACCCCGCAGCACCAGCCGAAGGACAUGGUCAAGCCUCCCUACAGCUACAUCGCUCUCAUCACCAUGGCGAUCCAGAACUCCCCGGAGAAGAAGAUCACCCUGAACGGGAUUUAUCAGUUCAUCAUGGAGAGGUUCCCCUUCUACCGGGACAACAAGCAGGGCUGGCAGAACAGCAUCCGACAUAACCUGUCCCUCAACGAGUGUUUUGUCAAAGUGCCCCGGGACGACAAGAAGCCCGGGAAGGGCAGCUACUGGACCUUGGAUCCGGACUCCUAUAAUAUGUUUGAGAACGGGAGCUUCCUGCGGCGCCGCAGGAGGUUUAAAAAGAAGGACGUGCAGAGGGAGAAGGAGGAGCGGGACAGGCAGGGGAAGGAUCCGUCUGCGCGGCCCUCAGGCCGGGAGCAGGAGCCUUCAGCACCGGGCGCGCAGCCAGUGCGCAUCCAGGACAUUAAGACUGAAAACGGGACCUCCUCUCCGCCGCAGGCUGCAUCACCGACCCUGGGCGCGGUGCCUAAAAUCGAAAGCCCGGACAGCAGCAGCAGCAGCUUGUCAACAGGCAGCCCGCACAGCGUGCCCUCCACCCGGUCCCUCAACAUAGAAGGAGCCGAGCACCACCACCACGGCCACGGCCAGGCCUCGGCGCAGGGCUUCAGCGUGGACAACAUCAUCACCUCCUUACGGGGCUCCCCGCAGGCCGAGCUCUCUCCGCCUCUCAUCGCCUCCUCCCGGACAGGUAUAACACCGUCACUGUCGCUCAACUACUCCCCCAACCAGACCCCCUCCUACACCUCAACCCCCUGCAACCAGGGCGCCAUCUCCUCCAGCUCUAACGCCACCUAUCACUGCAACAUGCAGGCCAUGAGCCUGUACGCCGGGGACCGCUCAUCCGUGGGGCCCCUGGCCCCCUCCACCACGGUGGAGGAAGCUCUCCCAGAAUAUUGCAUCACCACGACCACCGCAUCCCCGCUGGGCCAGACGGGUCAGGAGGGUCACCAUGCGCACCAGGGAAGGCUGGCGUCCUGGUACGGAGACCUGAGCCACCUGAGCCCGGCCUACCCGGCGCAGCAGCAGAACUUCCACGCUGUGAGGGAGAUGUUCGAGUCCCAGCGGAUCGGGCUGAACGGCUCCCCGGUGAGCGGGAAUAACAGCUGUCAGAUGGCCUUCCCAUCCGGACAGUCCCUGUACCGCACGUCUGGAGCGUUCGUUUAUGACUGCAGCAAGUUUUGAAAGCCAGAAACAUCCAAUUUAACUUAAUAAUUCCAGUAUAUAUUUGCUUUUUUUUUCCCUUGCUGUACUUUAACUCUCCAAGUGGACAGGAGAGAAUUUUUUUAUUAUUUUUUUUUUGAGCAGUGUAACACCACAACACGUAAGUUUCAUUCCCUCUCACUUUGAGAAUUGCUCCUACCACCUUUAUGCAUAGACUGUAAAUUAUAGCCUAAUAUAGUAAUUUAUUUUGAAAGAAAAGCAGGUGGGUGGAAUGUGAGGACCAAACUCUUCCCCAGUUUUCUUGCUGCCUUUAAAAUUGUUCAUGUUGUAUAGAAAUGCACGGGGGGAGACUCUGUAGCCUGUACUGGCCUAUUUUAUUCAUUCUGUAAUUUGUUUUAAAGAAAAAAAAAUCUGAAGGCAUUACAAGUUGUUUUGUUUAAUAAAGUGCCGAAUAUUUGAUUUUAA